UUCAUUAGUUAUCGAGAUAUUUGCAAAAUACUGGCCGAUCGCCAUUUGAACACCUGAAUGAUUUGUUAAAUAACUUGCCACUUAUUCUAAUAUUAAUACUCGCCGGAAGUGACGUACAGUGCGGGUCAGAUCAUGUACAUAAAUAGACAACAGGUCAUUUACAAAGUGAAAGCAGAAUAGCAGUGGAUCGUUUAUACGUUAUUGUUGACAGUUAUCGAUUGACAGUGCUUUUUAUAUAUUCACCGGCAAUUUUCUUCCUUUACUUUAAAUCUACAAUUCAACAAUGGGAAGGAAUUGUGCAGUUGCUGGAUGCAACAACUCGGCAAAAACGGGACAUACUCAACACGCUUUUCCAAAAGAUGACAGACAACGUAACUUGUGGGUUCGUUUUGUAAAACUGACCCGUGUGGAUUUUACUGUGCCAACUAAACACUCAGCCAUAUGUUCAGAACACUUCUCAGAAGAAUGCUAUGAGGUUGACAGGUUGAGAUUCAAGGAGUUAUUUGGUUUAUCUGCUCAUAACAGCAAGAGGCUUUUGCCAGGUUCAGUGCCAAGCAAUUAUCCAAAAAGGUCAUCAGAUGUUCUUAAUGAUGGAUUUCUUUGUGAACCCAAGAAGAAGCUCAAAACUUCUAAAGCAUUACAGAAAAGAGAGAAGGCCAGGGUACUUCAGGAACUUUUAUAUAAUACACCAACUGAAGAGAGUAAAGACCCUAAAGAAACGAUACUUCCAGAAGUGUCAGAAAAUAUACCAACUGAAGAGAGUAACAACCCUAAAGAAACAGAAAAUAUACCAACUGAAGAGAGUAACGACCCUAAAGAAACAAUUGAUCAGGUUCCUGUGCUUAUCCACGCUGACACAUGUCCAUCUCCAGACCCUUGUGAUAAUGGACCAGAGUCAUACAUACCAAUGAAUGUUGAUCCAUGUCCAAUUGAUUUACACAAUGAUAAUAUUGAUGGUAUCAGAACUACUCAUACAGAAGUUGAAAUGGUCAACACUAGUACUACCCAGAAAGAGGCAGAUAACCAAACACCAAAAGUAGCAACUAAAAAGAAGUACAGAUCCGCCAGGAUUCAAGUUCAUCCAAAAACAAAAGAGAAAUGUACUCAAGCUGAUUUUCAGCCUAGGAUACGUAGCUUUGGAAUUCAGUGUAACCUUCUGCCAACACCUAUUGAACCACAGCAGGACAACAAUACAGAAGAAAGGCAUCAAGAACAUAAUGACAGUGGCCACAUGGAGCAUGAGGAUUCUGUUGUACCAGAUAAUACAAAUGAUCCUGUUAUUCCAGAUGAUAUUAAUGACCCAUCAUACGAACCGUCUAUAAAUGAUUCUUCAGACAGUGGUGGAAGUGAUAAUUCUCAUAAUGAACUAGAAACACAUCUUCAAGAAAAGAAAUUCAUAGUAUGUGAAGACCAGCUAAUGGACUUAUUCAAGAUUUGCCCCACAUGUUGUGGUUCUGCCAAUGCAUCCAUUGCACACACAGUAGGAACACUUAUUAAAGUUAAUGUGACAUGUGAACUUUGUCAACAUAGCUAUUCAUGGUAUAGUCAGCCAUUUUUGGGAUCCGUUCCAGCGGGUAAUUUAGCAGUGUCAAGUGCUAUUUUAUAUUCAGGUGCAUUACCAACCAAAGUGCUACGUUUAAUGAACUUCAUGAACAUUCCAACAAUUUCACAUCAAACAUUCUUUAACCACCAGAAACAUAUAUUAUACCCAGCUGUUUUAAGGUUCUGGAAGCACCAACAGAUGCAACACAUAGCUAAAUACAGAGACCCUACAGAGUCCUUAGUACUUGGUGGUGAUGGUAGAGCUGAUACCCCAGGUCAUUCAGCCAAGUAUGGAUCGUACUCAAUGAUGGACUUAAAACAAGGUGUUGUACUAGACAUCCAAUUAGUUCAGAGUAAUGAGGUCAGUUCUAGUAAUGCGAUGGAGAAAGAAGGGUUGAUACGGUCAUUAAAAUGGUUUGAAGACAACAACCUGCAAGUCCAAACCCUUAUAACUGACCAACACGUCCAGAUUGUAAAAUUUGUAAGAGAACAGACACCCCACAUUACUCACUACUUUGAUGUUUGGCAUGUUGCUAAAGGUUUAAAGAAAAAAUUGGUAAAGAUCAGUAAGGAAAAAGACUGUAAAGAAGUUGGAGAAUGGAUCAAAAGCAUUACCAACCAUAUGUACUGGGUUGCUGCAUCCACUCCAAAUGGUGACAGUGAAGAAAUGGUAUCAAAAUGGUUAUCUGUUGCUAACCAUGUGCAGAACAAACACAGAGGACAUUCUGACCAAGUUGCAAAUUGUUGGCACAGGGAACUAGUUGGCCAUGACAGAAAAAAGAGAUGGUUAAAACCAGGAACCAAAGCUUGUGUUAAGACUGAAGAGCUUUUGACAGCCAUACGACUAAAAACGUCCGUUAAAAAGCUGUCACCUAUUCACCAGACUUCAGAUGUUGAAGCCUUUCAUUCAACAAUAAACCACUUUGCACCAAAGAUGAUUGGUUUCUCCUUUCAUGGUAUGCAGUGCAGACUGCUUCUUGCUGUACUGCAUUUCAACGAGAACUCUGCCAGACCACAAGCACUUACAAAAGAUGGAGUAGCUAGAUAUAGUAUUCAAUUUCCGAAGUACAAGAGUGGCGGCUAUAUCACAAGGGAAAAAAAGAUCAAUCAAUCAUUCCGAUACAUUAACACACUUAUAAGGUCUAUUAGGAAAAUAGUUGAUGUAACAAAGAUUCGGAGUACAUCUGAGGAACCAAUGCCAACACCAAGACCACUGUGUGCAGCUUUCACACGACAACAGAAAACUGAUGCCAUACAAGCUAUGAAAUCAAGAUUCAGGAAGGCAGAAAUAUAG